GGAUAGGAAAGUCUUUCUCCAACAUAACCAAACAGAAGCAAGGAUAGUGGCCCUGGGGAGCGGGGUCGCAGGGGAGAGGUGAGACUGGAUGACCCCUCAGUUCCCGUCAGCGAGGGGAAAUUUGGACCUCUCUCCAGAACCAGGGGCUUGGGCCCGUUGUAAGCUCUGGAGGAGAAUGCGGGACUCCAUUCCCGGUAGAACUAGAAUCCAGGACCAGAAGAGUCCAUGUGGGGGAGGGAGGGGGCAAGGGUGCCUGUGGCGGCACCUCUGGGUGUCCCUUGCUACAUCCCCCCCAUCGGGACCCCAUGGUUGGGUCCUUUGUGAGUCAGCCGCGGGGGCCAGGGGGCAGUGAGGGCAGGAGGUCCGAGUAGGUGGUGAGACUCCCCAUGGGAGCAGCCCCCCCACGCCAUGGCGAGCGUGGUCGUGAAGACGAUCUGGCAGUCCAAAGAGAUCCAUGAGGCUGGGGAUCCCCCCGCGGGGGUCGAGAGCCGCUCCCAGCUGGUCCCAGAGGCUCCCGGGGGGGUGACCAGCCAGGCCAAGGGGGUCACGAAGAAAAAGAAGGCCGUGUCGUUCCACGGGGUGGAGCCUCGUAUGUCCCAUGAGCCAAUGCACUGGUGUCUGAACCUUAAAAGGUCCUCAGCCUGCACCAACGUGUCCUUGCUCAACCUGGCCGCCGUAGAGCCCGACUCCUCUGGAACGGACUCAACCACGGAGGACAGUGGCCCACUGGCCCUGCCUGGGCCCCCUGCCUCCCCCACGCCACCCUGGGCUCCAGAUGACCCAGACAUCACAGAACUGCUGAGCGGGGUCAACAGUGGAUUGGUCCGCGCCAAAGACUCAAUCACCAGCUUAAAGGAAAAGACUACCCGGGUUAACCAACACGUGCAAACCCUGCAGAGCGAGUGUUCGGUGCUGAGUGAGAAUCUAGAAAGAAGGCGUCAGGAAGCGGAAGAGUUGGAAGGGUACUGUAGUCAGCUCAAGGGCCUGCGCCCUGAUAUCCUGGCCCAGGAGAACUGCCGGAAGGUGACCCGAUCGGUGGAAGAUGCUGAGAUCAAAACCAAUGUCUUGAAACAGAAUUCUGCUCUCCUGGAGGAGAAGCUUCGUUACCUCCAGCAGCAACUGCAGGACGAGACGCCGAGGAGGCAGGAGGCUGAGAUGCAGGAGCUGGAGCAGAAGCUGGAGGCCGGCCUCUCCCGGCAUGGCCUGUGCCCUUCUGCAGUGAACCAGGGCUGCUCGGGGUCCUCGGCGAACUCUGAGGACGCCCCGCGGCCGCGCUGCCUGGCCUCUGGCACCUGGGGAAUGGGGUCCCGGGCAGGGGAGGGCCCCUACGUCAGCGAGCAGGAGUUGCAAAAGGUCUCCACCGCCCUGGAAGAGCUGAGGAGGGAGGUGUCCUCGCUGACCGCCCGGUGGCAUCAGGAGGAGGGAGCGGUGCAGGAGGCCCUGCGGCUGCUCGGGGGACUGGGCGGCAGACUGGACGGCUUCCUGGGCCAGUGGGAGCGGGCACAGCGCGAGCAGGCGCAGUCCGCGCGGGGCCUGCAGGAGCUGCGAAGUCGAGCUGAUGAGCUGUGCACCAUGGUGGAGCGGUCCGCGGUGUCCGUGGCUUCACUGAGGAGCGAACUAGAGGGGCUGGGCCCAGUGAAACCGAUUCUGGAAGAGCUGGGGCGGCAACUUCAGAACUCUCGAAGGGGACCUGACCACUCCAUAAGCCUGGAUCGGUCCUCCCAAGGCUCCUGUACUCGCUGCGCCAGCCAGGGGCAGCAGUUGUCCACGGAGUCCUUACAGCAGCUACUGGAGCGAGCGCUGACCCCACUAGUAGACGAGGUGAAGCAAAGAGGUCUGGCUCCUGCCUGUCCCAGCUGCCAGAGGCUACACAAGAAGAUUCUGGAGCUGGAGCGCCAGGCCUUGGCCAAACACGUCAGGGCAGAGGCCCUGAGCUCCACACUUCGGCUGGCCCAAGACGAGGCCCUGCGGGCCAAGAACCUGCUGCUGACGGACAAGAUGAAGCCGGAGGAGAAGGUGGCCGCUCUUGACUAUCUACAUUUGAAGAUGUGCUCCCUCCACGAUCAGCUCAGCCACCUGCCACUUGAGGGGUCUACGGGGACAAUGGGGGGAGGUAGUAGUGGAGGGGCUCCCCCAAAACGUGGGGGCCCAGCCCCUGAACAAUAAAUGGCCUCUCAUGCUGGCAUGAA